CCACCCCAUUCUCACAUCUCACUCUACCCACCCGCAGACUGCGCCUCCAUUACAUUGGGUGUGGAUUCUAAGAUCCUGAGUGAUUGAUUUGAAGGAUUUGGUGUAAUGGAUUAUGUAUGGAAAGGUAGGGUUGUGUCGAUUAAGUGUUGGUAUAUUCAUUCCCUGGUCGUAGGCUGAGAGGUCUCUCUCUUGAGGAUUUUUUUUCUUUCUUUCUUUUGGUAAUUUUUGAUGUGGUUGAUUGAUUAUUUUUGUUUGAAUGAUUAAUUGGAUUUAUUGAAUUUGAGAACGACAAAUGCGACAAGUGUUUGCGAAAUAUUUGAAAAUAAUAAAGUGGAUAAAGAGCGAGAAUGUUGUGUUGAUAUAUGGAUGGGAUAGGAAGUGAGAAAGCUGGAAAUGAUUAUAUCGAUUGAGAGAUGGAGCAUCUUGGUGGUCUGGUGCGGGUUGCUGGGCAUGGUGUUGGGCCACCAAGAUGAGAGACAAGGUGGGCAUGGCAAUGAAAUGGACAAGAGCUCCUCGUUGUCACCACAAAUCUACACUUCUCGAGCUGCUGGCGGUGAAGGUCAAGGAGACUCAUACUAUUACCCUACCACAUGGCCAAAUCUCGAUCGUAUUGUGUUGCUGAACGAAAGCUACAAACCCGAAUACGUAGUGGGAUCUCAAGGACCAACAGACGUGAUAGGGCUGGCUUUAUGUUAUACCACCAAUUUCAUGGCACCAGACUCAUCUAACAUAUUUUAUGUUAUCCCUCUCACAUGUGAGUAAUUGUUAAAAAGAUAUCAUCUCUAUGCGACAGAUCUAACCAAAAAUGUAGUCGACUGCGAAGAUUACCCUACUUGUCUAAUGGCAGCUCAAAACACAGGAAAGGCAAAUUUAGAUAUCAACCUCUACGAUACUAAUACAAGCCUCUCUUCCAUCACAAAGCCCAACUCAGCCUUCUUUCUGUGUUUCAACAAUGCUGAUUCCACUCCGGACUUCAACUGCGAAUCUUAUAGCCCGUACUUCCAUAUAUCACACAAUUUCUCGUCCCGCAACUUGAGGAGACAAGACCUAGGACUAAUAGCAUCCGAAGAAGCAUCUUUAUCUGCUUUUAUAGCCUCAUUUACAUCCUCAAUCGCGAAUUAUGCGACGCCCACUGUUACGAUUUCUGUCACAGCUACAACAACAAUUCUUUUGCCUUCCGGGGGAAAAGUGAUCCUACCAUCAACAACAGCAUCCAAUAUACCUAUCACAACUAUUUGGAAUGCAACAGUAACAACUUCACCUACCUCCCCACCAACUAGCACUGGCACCGAUGCAGCCAACGCAACAGGUACAUCGAAUGCUUCCACCUCUAAUUCCAGCGGACUUUCCCUCGGCGGUAAAAUUGGCAUCGCUUUCGGCGCCAUAAUCCUAGUCUUCCUACUUCUCCUAGCCCUCCUUCUCCUCCUUCGUCGACGCCGCAAAAACACCCCACCAAACCCAUCCCGCACCCCCGAAAACCUCCUUCUAAGUUCCUCCCUCAAAAACAAUGAAUCCCGCGAUCUCUCCAUUGCCGAAAAACUCAACCUAACCGAUCGCACCGAUACAAACACACCCCUCACAUCUCACGGUGCCGUCACACCAUACGAUAACGAUGAUGAUUUACCUGCACCGGGAAGUGCUUUCACAGCAAAUACACCUGUACCUAUUAGUCCACGACGAAGCCAGCUUGCCAAUACGCUAAGAAGUGACGUGGGUAGUGUGGGCAUUAGUAUCACGUCAGGAAUUUCCCGUCCCGUAUCCCCACUAGGCGGUAACAAUGAAGGAAUAACCAUAAGUCGAGAAAACAGACACGAACGACUAGACGAACGCAGUAUUUUCGAUGAGGAACCUUACACGGAUAAUAUCAAUGGGGCGAGCGCAGUAAGUGAUACUCCGGGAGCUAUCGUAGCUGCGCAAAUAAGAAGCCAAGGGUCAAAUCUGGAUGCUCCGAAGGUUUAUAAGGGGACCUUGCAAGCGCCUUUUUUGAGUGAACCCGGGAUGUCGGCGGAGGAGGUGGCGAGAGAGGAGGAGGAGGAGAGGAGGAUUGAUGAGGCGAUUGCGGAGGCGGAGGAGGAGAGGAGGAGGGUGAGGGAGGCGAUGGGGAGAUAGGUGGAUUUGUAGAUUGAUGGUCUGGUUUGGUUUGUGGUUAAUUGGUGGGAUUGAAUUGGUGUUUAGGUGAUAGUAAGAUUACAAUAAGUGCAUUACUAUUCUAUUUUACUAUAAUAGGUAGUACCUCGUAUGCGUGGACGGGGGUGAUGAUGAUGGUGUUCCGCGGUUUUUAGUAUACUGGUAUACUAGUAUUAUCUUAUUAUCUAUUUACACAUUUUAUAUUUAUUUAUUUAUUUAUUUACCUAUAUAUGACGCGAUAUAUAUCUAUUCAUAUCUUUAUUUAUUUAACUAUUAUAUCUUUUAU